AUGAGAGAGGCAUUUGACCUUGUGUCGUAUGAUGUGCUUUGGAAUAAGUUAAGGGAGCAAAAAGUACCGGCGGAGCUACUCAGGAUCUUUCAAUAUUGGUACCUUAAUCAGAGCAAUAGUGUCAGAUGGGCCGGUAGGUUUUCUCAGACGUACAGGUUGGAGUGUGGGGUGAGGCAGGGGGGGAUAACCUCUCCCAAGCUCUUCAGCCUGUAUGUGAACGACCUGAUCGAGGGAUUGAGCAGAACUCCGGUAGGGUGCAGAGUUGAUGAUGUUAGUGUCAACAACAUCAGCUACGCAGACGAUAUGGUGCUGCUCACUCCAUCGGUCAGAGCUAUGAGAAAACUACUAGGCAUAUGUGAAGAAUAUGUGGGUAAGCAUGGUUUACUGUAUAAUGCUAAAAAAAGCGAAUAUAUGGUGUUUAAGGCCGUCGGGGGCAAGCUACCGGAAAGUGUACCAGUCAUCAAACUUAAUAAUAAUGAACUUAAGCGUGUACACGCAUUUAAGUAUCUGGGACACUACGUCACCGACGACCUUAAAGACCAAUUAGACAUAGAGAGGGAGCGUAGGGCGCUGGCGGUACGAUGCAAUAUGCUGGUAAGGAGGUUUGCACGUUGUAGUCAACAGGUAAAAAUAACUUUAUUUAAAGCCUAUUGUCAAGUCUUCUACACGUGCAGCCUCUGGACUAGUUAUUCGCAGAAGACCAUCAGUGCCCUGCGCGUGCUUUACAAUAAUGGUUUCAGGAUGUUGUUGGGGCUGUCUCGUUUCUGCAGCGCAUCAGGUAUGUUCGCACAAGCUCGCACGGAUGACUACUAUGCCAUAAUACGCAAAAGAACUGCCUCGUUGCUUUGUAGAGUGCGGGCCAGUACCAACCCCAUCCUGGCCACUAUAGCCUGCCGAUAUGACUCACCUAUAGCGCGGCAUUUUGAGGGUGUCAUGACCGCCACUAGAGGAUAUGAGCGAGGGCGAGGGUUCAGUGAUACUGAACGCGACAGCACGGCGGCGCGAGGAGCUGCCAGAUCGAGGGCGACGCGUCACGCGGCAACGGCAUGCGCGACGCAGCAGGACCCGGUCACGCCCGCGCGGCAAGCGGCCUUCAAGGCCACGUUCGCGGUCUCCAAGAGAGCGAUCACGGACACCCAGAAAGCGUUCACGGACGCCUUUGAAGCGCUCUCGGGCGCUAAGAGAUCGCUCACCGCCGUCUCGUGA